GCCGCCAUAUUGAAGCUUACAUUUUAUAAACUCUGUUAGUUUUUCAACUAUAAAUUAAAAUCAUGACGACUACGAAAAUAGAUCAAAAAGCAUACUUACAGAAGUACCUCACAGGUUCCUCUGGAGACAAAAAGAAAAAGAAGAAGAAGAAGGCCCCCAAACCUACUGGCUUAAAAAUCAUCGAUGAUGAUUUAGACUACUCCAAACUUCGUUCCCUUGACGGUGAUGAGCUGGAUAUCCUAGACCAGGGCGAAGACGCGCCUCAGAUAGCUGGAAUAAUCGAUGAGCGCCCCGAGGAGGUGAUCAAGGCCGAGGAGUACAGCAACCGGAGCUCCAAAUGGAGAGUUAUUACGCAGGAUGAUGGCUUCAACAGCAAACUAAAAAUUGAAGAGAUUACAAAAGACAAGAAACAAAAAGAGAAAGAAAAUGAAAUUAUCUUUGGAAAAAUGUACAGUGACUCGGAAGAUGAAGAAAAGAAGGGUUCUGAUGCAUCACCUCCAAGAAAAUCUACCAACUCCAAACAAAAGCCUGACAUAAGUAAAAAACCACAAAAUAAUAGUGACAGUGAUUUUAGUCCUCCUAGAAAGAACAGUAAGAGAUCACCUCCACCAAAAACUACUAAAAGUAAAAAAGAUUAUGAUUCAGAUGUUUCUCCUGUUAGGAAAUCUAGCAGUUCACAUCAGAAGUCUCAUAAAAGUAAAAAUCGCCAAGAUAAUAGCGACUCUGACUUCAGUCCACCUAGAAAGGAUAGCAGGACUUCUUCACCGCCCAGAAAAGCAUCUUCAAGUAAAAAUAACUAUGACUCAGAAGUAUCACAGCCUAGAAAACAUGACAGUAGAAACCAAUCUAGAGAGAAAACUAAGAAACCCAGCCGCUGGGGUGGCUAUGACGAAUCUAGAGAAAAAGAAUCUUCUAAAUCUAGAAGAAAAUCGCCAGAAUCAGACAUUCCAGUCCCAAGAAAGUCUAGAAAAUACUCAUCAGAUGCAUCACCUCCUAGAAAGACAAAUUCUUCAUCAAAACGCAGGAAAUCUCCAAGCGAAGAUCCAUUGCCUCCGCGUUGGAAAAAGAAUUACGAUUCCGACCAAUCACCUCCAAGGAAGUCCAGAAAAGACUCUCCAAAGCGACGGAAAUCACCAGACUCAGACGCUUCACCACCUCGGAAAAGAAGAUCUUCAAUUGACAAACAUAAAGAUCAAAGAUCACAGAAAAGGCGUCAAUCAUCGGACUCUGAUAUGUCACCGCCACGGAAGAACCAAAGGCAUAGAGCCCCAUCACAAGACAGUGACGCUUCGCCACCACGGAAAAACAGAAGACCAGAAUCUCCACAAAGAAUAGAUAAAAACAGUAGAAGAAGAAAUGAUGACAGUCCACCACCUUCAAAUAAAAAGAUGGAGAAAACUCUAGAUGGAAAGCUGGCUGGUCUGCAAGACGCUGGCAUGUUGAGGAAGGAGAAUGAGGCUUUCAGGAGAAGGGAAGAUGAGGUGUUUAGCAAAAUGACGGAUGAUGUUUCGGGGAGGAAUGCUCAAGUGGUGUCUAGAAAGACUGGUAAGAAGAGAGAAACAUCAGAGGAAAGGAGACAGCAGCAAGAGAAGGCAGAAAAACAGAAAGUUAUAGAUGACUUGUACAAGAAAUGGGGCAAGGGUCUAAAACAAAUAGAACAGCAAGAGUCCCGCUACCAAGACUUCGUGCACGAGGCAGCCAAGCCGCUCGCCCGACACAGAGACGAUAAAGAUUUAGAGUCAACGCUGAAAGAUGUGGAGAGAGACGGAGACCCGAUGUUAGCGUACAUUAGAGAGAAGAAGCGGGAUAGAGGGGAGUUGCCGCCUGAGCUGCCAACCUACAAAGGCAAUUUCCCGCCAAACCGCUUCAACAUCCGCCCCGGCUUCCGGUGGGACGGGGUCGAUCGCUCCAACGGAUAUGAAACCAAAUACUUCGACACACAGAGUAAGAAGAAAGCUCAGGCCGACGAAUACUACAAAUGGAGUUCUGCGGACAUGUGAAUUUAAGAAAAAAGUUAAUGUUGGCGCCAUUUUGAAUUUGAGCUGUCAGUGUCAAAAUUAGUGGUUGUAUUUGGAUAGUACAGUCAGCUACAUAAGGACUUAACAUUUUCCUUUUUAUUCAAACAUGUACGGUUUUUUAGUUUGACAAUAUGAAAUAGUGCAAAAUGACAGUACUGUUAAUUGAAUUGU